AAGUUGUGUAGAUACAGGCAUUACAAAAUCGAGCAGGGGUGGAGUGAGAUACUGCAGGUAUAAAAGCAUCAGCAGCUGUACCCCACAGCACUGCUCUUCCAGAGGCAGAACAAGCCAAAGAUGAGUGCCCUGGGAGCCGUCAUCGCCCUCCUGCUCUGGGGGCAGCUUUUCGCAGUGGACACUGGCAACGAGAGCACAGCUAAUACAGAUGACAGCUGCCCAAAGCCCCCUGAGAUUGCACAUGGCUACGUGGAGCACUCGGUUCGCUAUCAGUGUAAGAACUACUACAGACUGCGCACAGAAGGAGAUGGAGUGUACACCUUAAACAGUGAGAAGAAGUGGACAAAUAAGGCCCUUGGAGAGAAGCUUCCUGAAUGUGAAGCAGUCUGUGGAAAGCCCAAGAACCCAGUGGACCAGGUCCAGCGGAUCCUGGGUGGAUCGGUGGAUGCCAAAGACAGCUUUCCCUGGCAGGCUAAGAUGGUUUCCCACCAUAAUCUCACCUCAGGGGCCACACUCAUCAAUGAACAAUGGUUGCUGACCACAGCUAAAAAUCUCUUCCUGGGUCAUACGGAAGAUGCAAAAGCAAAAGACAUUGCCCCUACUUUAAGACUCUAUGUGGGAAAAAAUCAGCUAGUGGAGAUUGAGAAGGUGAUUCUCUACCCUAACUACACCCAGGUUGACAUCGGUCUCAUUAAACUCAAACAGAAGGUGCCUGUUGGUGAGAAAGUAAUGCCCAUUUGCCUACCUUCAAAAGAUUAUGUGGAAGUGAAGCGCAUGGGUUAUGUGGCUGGUUGGGGACGAAAUGCCAACUUUAAUUUUACUGAGCUACUGAAGUACGUCAUGUUGCCUGUGGCUGACCAGGACAGCUGUGUAGAGCACUACGAAAAGAGCACAAAACCCGAAGAGAAGCAACCAAAGAGCCCUGUAGGGGUGCAGCCCAUACUGAAUGAACACACCUUCUGUGCUGGCCUGUCCAAGUACCAGGAAGAUACUUGCUAUGGCGAUGCUGGCAGCGCCUUUGCUGUUCACGACACGGAUGAUAACACCUGGUAUGCAGCUGGGAUCCUGAGCUUUGAUAAGAGCUGUAGGGUGGCUGAGUACGGUGUGUAUGUGAGGGUGCACUCCAUCCUGGACUGGGUUCAGAAAACCAUAGCCGAGAACUAAUGCAAGGCUGGAAGCUCUUGCCUGAAAGCUAGAUUUCACUCUGGAAGAUGGGAAACUGGGUGGGAGUGGAGGGGAUAAAACCUGGUGUGAAACUGAUGGGCUCU